CCUCUUUCCAAUCAACUACAGUUGGUAGAGCGAGGCCAAUGAUAAUAAUAGGAAUGAUAGUAGAAAUGACAUAAAACUAGUUUAUAGCCUAGAAUGUUUUUUUUGCAUUUGGCUUGUAAAUAAAACUAAAUUUAUCCAGGUGUAGAAGAGGAUUUUGGAUGAUUACCUUGAAUAUUUUAUCAAAAUCAGUCCGAAGAUAUGCAAGCAGUGAAUUUUUCUUUUAUUAUUUUAAACUUUUAAACUUAGGUUUCGAUUUUCAUUCCUUGCUUAAUAUAGCUCCUAACUGAAAUCCAAUGGUACCCAUUGGAAAGAGCGGAAAAAUGCUCACACUUGUGUACAGGUAUUCCCCAGCUUCCUAGGACAAUGGGUCGAGUGACCAACACCCCGUCGCCCCAACCCCACUUUCCGUAAAAUUCCCUCUAUUUAAUAUGUGGCCGCUGUUAAAUUCUCCGCUUGUUAAUUUUGACUUUUUUUUUACAGAGGUGUAAGAGUGGCGCUCUGGCAGCACUGCACCCCUGAAUGUAUGAGACAGUACACUGUUAAAUGCAAAACCUUUAACAGUGUCAAUGACCAGAGGGAUCUUAGACUCCAAGUUCUUUGCUCCCCGAAAGAGACUGCACAGAUUGAUCAGUUAAGAAGGCAAAUGGCAUGGUUCUCUUUAUUAGUUGAAGCAUUGAGUUCAAAAGUUGGGAAGUUGUGUUACAACUUUAUAAAACUAGUUAGGCCACAUCUGGAGUUCUGGUUGCCCUCAUCCUCGGAAGGAUGUUGGGGCUUUGCAGAGGGUGCAGAAGAGGUUUACCAGGGUACUGCCUGGAUUAGAGGGCAUGAGCUAAAACGAGAGGCUGGACAAACUUGGGUUGCUUUCUCCUGAGUGGCGCAGGCUGGGGUGAGAUUGGAUGGACAUUUAUAAGAUUACGAAAGGAACAGAGAGAGUGGACAGACUAUGUAUUUUUCCUGAUGACAUGAUCCCAUUUAACCGCAGCUGUAACAGUCUCUUCACGCAUGCUCACUAUCUCCGGUGGGUGGUGUUUUCCUUUCCGCUCAGUGCUGAAGUGGGAUCAGGAAAGGGUUUUCGCCCCCUGGGUUGGGGAGCCGGGGGUCGGUAUCAUUGCAAGACGAAGAUAUCACUUUCCCCUCGUUAGACCUGCGGUAAGAGACUUAUUGGAAGAAAAACCCCAACUGGAAGCAAACCACGACUGAAGACAAGGGAACAGCAACAAUUGAACCAGCCCGAGGAUUGAGAGCAUCAACUGGAGAGAAUCCGAAGUUUGUCACUGAAGGUUGCUCGACAGGAAUCUGAGGGGACUACAACUACCGAGGAUCAUGCCGCACUUUUCGCUGUCUUAUCUGCUAAAACAUUGCCUUUAGUGACCCAAUGGGACAUGUUACAAAUAACACGGAAUUUGUCUACGGGAAUCUCGAACACAACACACCAGUUUUGCUAAAUCUGUCCAGAUUUUUAACUGGAGCAAGGGAUUCACUUGAUCAUCUAACCGACUGGCACGCUCAUCAUUUUACUCAGGUGGGAACCCAUUCAUCUGCUCAGACAGUGGGAAUGGAUUCAGUCGGUCAUCUCAACUGAAGGUACAUCAAGUUCACAUUGGGCAGGGGCUGGUCAUCUGCUGAAUUUGUGGGGAAGGAUUCACUCAGUCAUCUGACCUAAUGGCUCACCAGCGAGUUCACACUGGGGAGAAACCGUUCACUUGCACGGACUGUGGGAAAGGAUUCACUUACUCAUCUGAACUGAAGUUACAUCAGCGAGUUCACACUGGGGAGAGGCCAUUCACCUGCCCAGAUUGUGGGAAGGGAUUCACCAUAUCAUCUCACCUACUGAUUCACCAGUCAGUUCACACUGCAGUGAGGGAUUUCACCUGCUCAGUCUGUGGGAAGACAUUCACUCAGUCAUCCAAUCUACAGAGACACCAGCGAGUUCACACUGGGGAGAAGCCAUUCACCUGCUCAGACUGUGGAAAGGGAUUCACUCGCUCAUCCCACCUAAAGAGUCACCAGCGAGUUCAUACUGGGGAGUGGCCGUUCACCUGCUUAGAUUGUGGGAAGGGAUUCACUCAGUCAUCUCACCUACGGAGACACCAGUCAGUUCACACUGGGGAGAGGCCGUUCACCUGCUCAGUCUGUGGGAAGACAUUCACUCAGUCAUCCAACUUACAGACGCACCAGCGAGUUCAUACUGGGGAGAAGCCGUUCACCUGCUCAGACUGUGGAAAGAGAUUCACACAGCUAGCUAGCCUUCAAGCACACCAGUCAGUUCACACUGGGGUGAGGUCGUUCACCUGCUUAGACUGUGGGAAGGGAUUCACCACAUCAUCUCACCUACUGAGUCAUCAGUCAGUUCACACUGCAGUGAGGGAUUUCACCUGCCCAGACUGUGGGAGGAGAUUCUCUCAGUCAUCCAACCUCCAGACACACCGGCGGGUUCACACUGGGGAGAAGCCGUUCACCUGCUCAGACUGUGGAAAGGGAUUCACUCAGUCAUCCAGCCUACAGGCACACCAGCGAGUUCACACUGGGGAGAAGCCAUUCAGCUGCUCAGACUGUGGAAAAGGAUUCACUCGAUCAUCCUACCUGCAGAGUCACCAGCGAGUUCACACUGCGGAGUGACCGUUCACCUGCUCAGAAUGUGGGAAGGGUUUCACUCAGUCAUGUCAACUACUGGCACACCAGCGAGUUCACACUGGGGUGCGGCCAUUGAGCUGCUCAGACUGUGGGAAGGGAUUCACUCUCCCAUCUCACCUACUGAGACAUCAGUCAGUUCACACUGCAAAGAGGGUUUUCACCUGUUCAGAUUGUGGGAAGAGAUUCCCUCACCCUUCCACUCUACAGAGACUCCAGUCAGUCCACACUAGGGAGAGGCCGUUCACCAGCUCAAACUGUGGGAAGGGAUUCACUCAGUCAUCUGAUCUGCUGGCACACCAGCGAGUUCACACUGGGGAGAGACUGUUCACCUGCUGUGAAUGUGGGAAGGCAUUCACACGAUCAUCUCAUCUACUGAAACAGCAGCGAGUUCACACCGAUUAGAGGCCGAUCACCUGCUCAAAUGUUGGGAAGAGAGUCUCUCAGCCAAAUCAACCAAAUGUAUAUUAUUGGGAUUCACUGGGGAGAGGCUGUUCACCUGCUGUUAAUGUGGGAAGUGAUUCACUCAGUAAUGUAACCUUGUGACACACUACCAGGUUCACACUGGGGAGAAAGUUUCAAUAAGCUGCAUGCUGGAUAUUUGUCCAUCACUGUUGCUGAAUGCAAUUUCGAGUGUGACUGUCGGUGCUGAACUCUGCAAUUAUUUCUGCUGCUCACCGCAUCCAGUUCUGCACCCUGGUCACUGGGCAUGGGAGGAGUUUCUUCUGCUGCACAUUCACCUUUAAUGGGACUGGAGUUUAAUAUUCUGUAUUUGAGACAAAUAAAUCAGUUUUAUUUUAAACUCUGUUUCCGGUACUUAGUGAAUUUAUAACACGCCUAGGUGUGCUGGACCCUGCCAGUGAUGCUGUUCCACGACAGUCCUUUUAAAUCCUCCCCUGUUGUUCGUCUCUGUGGGAUGGGUUCCAAACAGUCAACACUCUGGGUGAAGAGGUUCCCCUUGAAUUCUCUGUAGACUGAAGAAGUCGAGCUGACUGCUGUUCUGUCUCAGAUUUUUUUCGCCUCUGAAAUCUCUGGGCUGAGGAAGAAUGACAUCUGGAUUUACCCUCCUUACUCUGGGAUCAGUUCUACAUUAUGGCUCAUUUCCCCUGCUUCUAACGGGUUGUUAGAAAACACCACUGUCCUCUAAAGACUGAAAGCCGAAUGGGAAACCAUCAGUUGGAUGUUCAACGGAGCAGGGUCAGAAACCAGAGGCAGGUCUGCACAGGGAAGAGUUUGGGGCUCUGGACGAUAGUUGGGGUAAGAACAUAUGAUGAGGAGAAGGGAAUCAGCAGUGGGGCAUGAUAACGAAUGACAGCAACAUUUGGAAGCUGAUUCAGUUGCCUGACUGAUGCCUGUAGUGAGGUGCUCCACUGGUCAAGUAACGUGUGUGUGUUGGGAAUGGUUUUAUCAAUUCAGGGAGUUGUUCCUGCUUGCCUAUCCUAUAAUAUUAUAUCCGGAUGGUUAUUUUAGAUUGUCCUAUCUGUAAUAAUGUAUCGAUUAUCAUAGAAAUUGUGAGAUUCUGUCUGUAACUGGAUUGGUCUUGAAUUUAUUGUGCCUUAAUUAAGUUAACAUGGUCAUUCAUCAGUUUGUAUGUUAAAGCAAGAUUUUGGUGAAUGAUAUUUGCCAUUGAUUGCAGCUGCAUAAGUAAUCAGAUUGAGUUCAACUGCUGCAAGAUCCUGAAAUGUGUUGGAUUGUGUCUGGUUUCUCUUGGCAUUUUCUGCAUUGAUUGCCUUGUCUGUAUUGUAUGUAUUUUUGAUUUUUUGUUUUCUUUUUGUUAACCACCUUGUCCUGUAUUCCUACAAGGAACCCUUCUGUUUCUGGGAAGAUGUCUCCAACUCUCAGUCAGGUGCUCGAUGUUUCCUUGUCAACAUCUUGUCUGCUCAGAUUAUUGGGAUGUCUCCCAUAGAGGGUCAUACUCAUUCCACUGGUUAAUGUUUUAUUCCAUAGUGAUGAUUCAUUUUUCGGAGUUAGCUUCUCAUUUAAGUUUUCUGGUCUGUAUUUCUUACACAAUUGCAUAUACACAUAUGGAGUGCUGAAUCAUGUUCAAUUUUGAUGAAAAUAAAUACUUAGAAGUUU